AUGACUGAUUUGAUCUCGAUUUUGCCUCCCGAAUCAUUCAGUACAUCUUCUCGUUUAUCGGACAGCGGGCUGUGUCGAAUGUGUGAAAUCGCCUGUGGUCUUUCUGAUAUUCAUUGCUGGGAUGUCUUGGCACGCAACCAAUUCACACAGCUGACAAGUUUGGGGUUGACGGACAUCACUGGUAUGUCAAGCGAAGAUUGGUCCCAGAUUUUGCUCAUGCAGCAACAAAAUGAGAUCUUGGAAGUUGGAAAUCGCGCUGGAAUAACGCAGUAUCUGAACAGCAUUAUCGCAACCAUCGAGGCAGGAUGGAUUGUGUGGGCACAACGACUUGAGGAAACCAAAAUACUGAAUCUGGAACUGACAGCCGUGAAAGGUGUUACUGGUGCUGUCCUUGAGCAUUUUGAACAAGUCGAAAGCUUGGUGCUAUUGCGUGUUUCACGGAUCUAUAGUCUCACCAAUGCAGGCAUCAAUGCUUUUCGUAUCAUUGAAGGAUCUAAUCCAGGAUUGAUGGAAAGGCAGCACGAUAUGGAUCUGGUCGGCAGCGAGUCUGGUGCCCUUUCAAACCUGAGCGAAAGCACAGACUAA